UGGAAAUAAUGUUCUAGGCUGCGUUAAUGCUAAUGUUGCUACUGUUGAGCAAAAUUCUUUAGACAGUUUCUUAAAUUUAUAUAAUAUUCCAUUCUCUAUUAUUGUUGCUUUUACAGUAAUUAGCUUUGUGUUAAAACAAACUGGUACUAUACAAGGUAUUAGUAAAAUUUUUAUUAAUCAUGAUAAAGCAGAAAAUGGUAACAGCACAAACACUAGUACAUCUCAUAAUAUUAAGCAUCCAGAACGUAGACAUUUUAAUCCAACAAGUAAUUCAAGUUCAACUCAUCCUAGUCUACUUUACCAUAAUCUAGGUUGUCUGUGCCCAAUUCAUCAUCAUGAUCAUAAUGGAGCUACUGUCUCUAACACUACUGAUAGAACAACAACAAUGUCUCGAUCAAUUCUAACUAUAACACAAGCACCUUCGAUCUUUAAUUUGUUUUGUGCUGCACAGUUUUUUGUGACUACUGCCUUGGUUUCUCUGUCUAACAUUUCAUCUAGUUACCGGGAUUUGGCUUCAAAACUUAGUUGGUUAAGUGGUUUACCAAGCAACUUUAAUCUUAUAUCAAGU